GUGUUGUUCUGUGAUGUCGCAUAAAAAAGUAAAGUUUUGAGGUUAUGUCUCGCAAUCAGCCGUUUUUUAAAUUUUAAAAACAUAAUACAGAAUGUUUCGAAAAAUAACAAAUCGUGCUGUAUUAGCUAACAAAAACAAUUUGAAAUGUUUGUUUCAAAAGUUUUCAAACACUGUUCCUGACAGUCUUAUUGAGUCCACUUCCACUUGUUCACAGAUAAAUGAACAAAAGUCAUUAUCAGUAACUGCACAGAUCCUCGCACUCAAAAAAGAAAAUUAUGACACAUCUGUUAGUAAAAAGAACACCGAAGUAUCAGAUUCUGUAUUGGAAAAACCUCGAAGAACCAAAGUAUCAGACUUGUCUAAAUAUUUGAGACCUGGAGCCGUAACUUCGCUCUAUAUUAACAAAUCAGACAGUCUGCAGGAACUAUUAAAGUUGGGUGUGAAGUUUUAUGAAAUAGAAAAGAAUCCAGAAGCAAUCACAUUCAUUCUCAGCUUAAAGUUUGAAGACUAUCGUGAUCACAUUCUGUUUCUGAAAGAUUUGAAAGUAUCGACAGAAAAGAUAGGAGAAAUAAUCACAAAAAACCCAUUUUUACUCAGGGAACAUCUGGAUGAUCUUAGGGUGAGAAUAAACUACCUUCAGUUCAAAAAAUUCACUGAUGAUAUGAUUGUGAGGAUCGUAGAAAUUAAUGCCAUGUGGUUAUCUCACAGCACUAGUGAUAUUGACAAACGACUAGGAUUUUUCCAACGUAAUUUGUUUCUCACUGGAGACCAAGUUAGACAACUUGCUGCAAAAUCGCCGAAAUUAGUCACAUGGCCUCUAGCAAAAGUCAAAGUGAAUAUAUUUGCUUUAAAAGAAGAAAUGGGAUUUUCUAAAGAAGAAUUACAGAAGAUUGUGCUUGACAAACCAAAAUUGCUCAGAAUGGAUCAGAACAAAAUUCUCAGAACUUUCACGUAUUUGCACACAACAAUGAAAAUACCUUUGGAAUGGAUAGUUGAAAUGCCAGAUAUCCUAACCUGCCGACAGAAAAGACUAAUGCAGAGGCAUUUAUUCUUGGAAAAGCUGAAUAGGGCUCAGUAUAAUCCAAAGGAACCUAAAUAUAUUGCAUUGACUAAUUUGGUUUAUGGAACUGAUUCAGAGUUCAGUACUGAAAUUGCCAAGUCUUCAGUUGAAGUUUUCAAUACAUUCUUGAAAACCUUGUGAGAAAAAAGUUUUAUGAUUUUUUUAUAAAAUAAAUUAUUAAUACCUACUUUA